CGGUCGGACCGUUUGGAUGUGUACGGAAAUUUCGCAGCAACUUCCGGCGGAGCACAUUUGCCAUAUUUAUCGUGUGGACUCGUGACGAUUCGCUCGCGGAGUUUGUUUUGUGGCGGAUUUUCUCGAUUUUCCCGGAAGUGGGAAUUUCGCGCCCUUUGUGCUCAAGUGGCUCCCCGGUGUGAAUGGUGGUGUGGUAAAUGAAGCAGACUAUUGGUCCUGUCGGUUAACCUAUGGUCCAUGGUGACUCGUGAUGGAUUGAACGGCAAACGCAAAAAAAAAGUGGAAUUAAUUUAGUCGCUUCCGUCAUAUGUUUAUUGGCACUGGUGUUUUGUGUAAAUGUUGAUGGUGCUAAUAUUUGUUAUUAGUUUUAUUGAUGGUGAGCGACUGAGGCGUGUUGAUGAGGGCGGUGUAAAUAUCUAUUACCAUAAGAAGAGGGAGUUCCACGUAGAUACAUUUUCCAAUCGACUUAAUUAUAGUGGUUGAAGGUGACUUGUUACGUUGAAUUUUGUGUAAUCGUACAGCAGCAUAUUUAAGGAUAUUCAUAACACUCAGCAUCAACUGUGUAUUUCUUGGUGUCUCAUGUAGAUGCACGAGAAUGAAAAUUCCCAUUGCAGUUCAUGGAUGAACUAAUAGGACAAUUUUUACUCGUUUUCGCAGUAUUUGUGCUUUGGAUGAAGCCGGAAUCGUUAGCCGAGAACACCCAUGAGCUCAGCAUUGGUGCUGUUCGCCUAGACAAUGCUUCCAGAGUGCUUCAGUUGAAUAUUUCGUGGGAAGGGGCAUUUGCGGAGAAAAGCUCUCUAUACGAUGUGAAAAUAAAUCACAUCCCAACGAAGAAUUGCUCAAUCGAGCGAUCCCUAUUCGCCGAUCGAUCGGACAUCAAAUGCGCUCCGGUUGUGGCAGAAACGGAAUUGACAACACUUUUACUGCCACGGGACACACGAGCACUGCACAAACACGAAUGUGAAAUUUUACCAUCGUGCGUCUACGAAGUGGUGGUGAAACCGCUGGAUUUCAUCAGCACGCUGAAACGAGUGUACCAUGUACCAGAUUGUGUUAACAACCUCUGCUCCUGCUUCCACGAAAAGUUCCUGCCGUCCAUCCGCACCAAUGCAUCCAUUUCUUCUGACCACCUGGUGGUCAACUGGACACUGGGAGAAUACUCCCGCCAUGCUCUCCCAGAUGAUGUUUCAUUGGACUAUAUUACGAUUACCGUUCGCCGGGGACUGAACGAGGACCUGCAUUGGGGAGGACAGGAGAGCAGCAAAAAAUCAUUCAACUUGCCCGUGGCGUCAGCCGGCGGUUUUCAAUUUAACGUUGCCGAUUUCCAGGGUAACAAGACGAUUUUUCUCGUGCAUGCUACCCUGUACGACAGCAGACGGUGCUUUUCCGAGGCCCCACCAGUCAGAGUUUUUCUUUCGGUAAAGGACUCUCGGCCCGAUGCUAUUCCGUUCGAAGAAGCGGUUGCUGCAGAUUCCAGAGCAAUUAAGGCCACAGCUAUUGCACUGGGGGUUCUAAUUUUGCUGGGUUUGUUGGUGAGUGCUACGGUCAAUAUCCGGCGAAAACGCAAAUUACGUAGAGUUAAGCAAAACUGGCCGAAAGUCGUAGCAAGUGAAAAUCAUCAUUUUCCAUCAAUUCCGAUGGAAGAAAAUCGUCUUUACGUCGAAAAAGAAAUUGAGGAAGCUCGCGCACGAGGUGAUGCUGACAUGCUUGAGGUGGCCCACACCUGUCUGCGGAUCGGACGUGAAAUCGGCAAGGGGGCCUUUGGUCGUGUUUUCAUGGCCAGUGCAGUCAACAUCGCCGGAUGCCCUGAUCCUUUGAUAGUGGCCGUAAAACAACUUAAAAAGAGCUCAAAGACGGAUGCAUUCGAUGAAUUCUUGGACGAGAUUGCAAUGAUGAAACGCGUCGGUCGGCAUCCCAACAUCGUUACUCUCCUCGGAUGCUGCACCAUCAAGGAACCUCUGACGAUGAUAAUGGAGUACAUUGGCUGUGGCGAUCUGCUCGAGUAUUUGCGGAAAGUUCGUUUCAAACAUGAGGCCAGGACAGCCGCGCAAAAAUCGGAGGGCUCCUGCAGCACUCCAGCGAACCCAAUCGACAGCACUAGUUUGCAGCGGUCAACAUCGAAUCACUCUGAAAUAACAGUGUUUGGAUCGACAAUUAAGUACCUGGACAUUGGACACGCGUCUAGCUCAAAUUCGGACGCCUCUUACAUUGCACAGCCUGAAACGUUGGUGAGGCCAUCACUGACUGACACACUUUAUACUACUCUUAGCGGCAAGACUGCAAAGUCAGGAACGUCGAUAGAGUACGUUCUGGAUCACAAUGAGCUGCAUGACUUUGCACAACAAAUUGCAUGUGGUAUGCACCACUUGGAGAAAAUCAAGAUAACCCAUCGUAGCUCAAAUUCGGACGCCUCUUACAUUGCACAGCCUGAAACGUUGGUGAGGCCAUCACUGACUGACACACUUUAUACUACUCUUAGCGGCAAGACUGCAAAGUCAGGAACGUCGAUAGAGUACGUUCUGGAUCACAAUGAGCUGCAUGACUUUGCACAACAAAUUGCAUGUGGUAUGCACCACUUGGAGAAAAUCAAGAUAACCCAUCGAGAUCUAGCAGCGCGGAAUAUUCUGAUCGAUGAGAGGAAAACGCUGAAGAUAUCCGACUUUGGAAUGUCACGAACAGGCAUUUACGUCAAUACUAGGAACAAAAAGGUUCCCCUCCGGUGGCUCUCUAUCGAAGCAAUGAGAGACAAUUUCUACUCUAGCAAAAGCGACGUGUGGGCAUUCGGCGUUGUGCUUUGGGAAAUUGGAACCCUCGGUGGUUUUCCAUAUCCGUCAGUGAGUAAUCACGAGCUGUUGGCUUUCCUGCAGGAGGGAAAUCGAAUGGCAAAACCAGACAAUAUUACCCCCGAAUUGUACGAACUAAUGCAAACCUGCUGGAAACCCAACCCAGAUGACCGACCCUCAUUCCGUGAGAUCCGAACGUUUCUGGAGCCACACCGCCAGAUCUACAUCGACUUCAAUGCAAUUGAACCCUCCUACGUGUUUCCCCCGACUGCCGAGCAGAGUCGUCAAACGAUGGCAAACAACAAAUCGUAAAGUGCGCUGCUAUUUACAGGUCACCUUACUCGUGUCGACAACUGUCCCACCGUUAGCAGCAUCUGACAUGGAUGGUAUUUGGAUCCCUUUGCUGUGCGUUUGAACCAAUGGUUGUGCAAAUCAGUGUUACAGUGGAUGUUUCUGAUCUAUCAGUGUACAAAUCUUGCAAUACCAGAUAAACAGUAUUCAUAAGCCAGAGUCAAAACAUAAAAAGGGCACAGAUCCCCCCUCCCACUCCCAAUUUCACAAGUUUUACACGCAAAAAAAUAAUAAUGCAACUGCUAGUUAACGGUGCACAUCAAUCGGAGAUUUUACACCAGAGAAUUUAGCAUCUUUGAAACUACGGGAACUACCGAUAUGAUUUUUUAUUCAUCCCCUAAAAUACUGGCUGCAAUGUUAUGUACAGCAAAAUUCAAUCAUAUUGUUUUAAGAUUGGGUCCGUAAUUUAAAGUAAAAUAAAAUAAAAAACAACAACUUUCUUGGUUGAUGUGAACCCUUAAAGGCCUGCGUGUUUAAUAAAAUUUGCAUUAUUUUAGGACAACGUUUUGUAAUAUUGUUCCACAAUCACAUGGGCUCCUCGU